GCCAUUCUAACUUUUUUGCUGGCGCUGCAGGCGGCACGUGCACCUCAACAGAAUUUGGGGUGGGGCUCGUACACUAUGGAGAGAGAAGCGAACUUGCUCCGCUGUGCCAAGUUGAGUUGCUAUGCCGAGUUCAACCGCAUGGUGCACACGAUAGCACGAUCUGCGGAGGGGCCUAGUUUUCAGAAUAACAGCUACAGAAUGACUAAUGGCAGCAGCGCUGAACAUCUCUUCUAUACCACUCUUACUUCCAUGCUCAACCAAAUAGUGCAGAAUAGUGAUGCAGUGAGUCAGAAGACAGAACUCCAGCAGGUCUACCAUUGGUUCUGUGCCAACAAACCUCUCAUUGCUACAAAAACAAAGACAAAGCAGCAGAGACCAAAACUCUCAAUAUCUUGGAGACCACCAGCUGCUACAGAGAGACCAAGUACUGCUCCCUCUGCCUUCCUCCCAUCUUCCCCCUUUGUUGAACUACCGUCCCGCCCCUUUACGACUGACCACACCUCCUCCACUCAGCCAAUACAUGGCUUCACCUCACAAUACAUGAAGCAGUCUCUGGGACUACAGCUCCAUUCACCACCUCACUCUAGUCGCAGAGCCACUCCCGACAAGGCUGCGAGGAUGGAGAGUUCAUCUUCCCGCCACAGACAAAAGAGAGGCGGAGGUUGUCAGCCACUACAUGUAUCAGUAGUGGAGAUAUCAACUGAGAACCCUGACGGACAUCAGUCUUCAGUAAUCAAACCUAGCACUCUACUGGAACUAGCUCCAGUAGUGGCUGCCAAAAUGGAGCUACGGAGAGAAUUGACAGUGACUGAAGAACCAGCAACUCCCCAUCCAUUGUCAUCUCCACAUCCUCCAACUCUUGUAUUGGGGGUCCAACAGUUACACUGCCACAGACCUCCAGUGCAUGUGACAGAGUUACACCUACCACCAACACUCUCUACCACCAGCAGAGCUAGACCAUCAGUCCUGAAGAGAUGUGGCCCAAAGAUGGCUUCAGGCUUCUACUGUUCCAGGUACAGAGGUGGGGUAAAAAAGUAG